GCCAAGAACGAGAAGCGGGUUUUUGCGCGUCCGUCUGCGGCACGGAGAGUCCGGUGCGCAAUGAGUGCGUAAAGUGCCACGGGGCGCCCGCAGGAGGAUUAGGAGGUCCGAGGGGAAACCGGCGCAGACGCAGGGAGAGAGGCGAGGCUUUUUGGGAAACCGGCUGCUGCUUCCAGGUUGAUACCCCCAGGUCAACUCGGUCCUGACCCAGAUCUGUCAAAGGGCUGAUCCCGGUGCGCUUCCUGGAAAAGAAGCCCCCUUCCCAGAUAUUUAUUCCAUUUCUGCAGAAACCACUUCUUUGCUGAAAACUUCAGAACCUGCUGUGUCUCUCAAACAAACUGGGCUUGUCAGUGUGAGGAGGUGUGACUUGUUGUCAGAAGAAGCACGUGUUCCUUCCUUAUGCCUUCCAAUGGUACCCUGCUAAAGAUGCUAGUCUUCUCACCUUGAAUAAGAAAGUUCCAAAGUUUAUCUCUGUUUAGCCGUUUUUUGUUAAUAUUGAGGGAUUUGCUGCAGUAACAUCUAAGAAUCCUUUCUCUCAUGGACUUGCAAGCUUAAAAAGAAGGGCCUCUCCUGCUCCCUGAGUGACGUUGCCCACCAUUAAGCAUUGGCAGACAAAAUGGCUGCCUUUAAUUGGCCUUUCCAGUUCAUUCUACAACAAGGAGAAAACCCAAACGUAAUAGAGGGACCACCCCAAGUGAGGCCUGCAGGAGAGGAAACCACAGUCCCUCGUGUCAUCCAGGUGGGAACUAUAGGGGAGUUUCUAGGCUCAGUAGGCCCCCAAAAGAAGACUCAGGGACAAGAGGAAGGGUUGGCCCAGUGCUGGGAAGACCAAUGGCAGGAGGUUUUGAAGGCUGUGCAGCCCAAUACUUUUGGGCAGGAAGCCCUGCUGCAAUCAAAAACUUUGUCAUGCGAUGAUAUAAAGGCCUCAUCUAAGACCCUCUCUGAUUCUGGCCAGUGGCCUAGAAGUGAAGGGUAUACUCAGCCUGCGCAGGGACUCGGCGGAGGUGGCCCGGCUUUGGAUCCGGUCAUUUACCCAAUGGAGAACAUGGCAGAGAAGAAAGCACCCAAUGAGGAAAGGAGAGCCCUUGGAUGCGAGAUGCGCAGCGCAGCAAGCCUAAACUGGAAUUACCGGCAGCUCGAGCCCCGCAAGGUUUGUAGGCAACUCCAGGAGCUUUGCCACCGGUGGCUGAGGCCAGAGAGGCACACCAAGGAACAGAUCUUGGAGCUGGUGAUCCUGGAACAGUUCCUGGCCAUCCUACCUCAGGAAGUCCAAAGCUGGCUCAGGAACUGUUGCCCUCAGGCUUGCUCUCAUGCAGUAGUCCUAGUGGAGGAUUUUCUGAGGAGCCAGCAACAAGAAACCAAGAUGGUGAUGCCAUGUAAGGAUGAGAUUGUGGUCUCUGACACAGAGGAGUAUCCGUUGGGCUCUGGACCUGGGCAUUUCAGUUGGGAAACUAAGCAGGAGAACAGAUGGAAUUCCAGCUUACCAGGGAAAGACAGAAGCCUGCAUGUUUAUCCAGUUUCACCAGGCGAGGGAAUUCUGAACGGACAUGAUUUAGAUCCUUCUCAGCAGCGAGGUUCUGGAUCUCUUGAAAGCCAUUGUGGGCCUCAGCAGGAAUGUAAGACAGAGCCGCCCCCGACUUGGGAGGAAAUCACUCACUGCGAUGAAGGUGUUUACGAAACAGUGGUUGACUUGGAAGAUCACAAACACUGGUGCCUUGAAUGUGGUGAAAGCUUUCCAGAUGCAUCACAGCUCCUUGAGCACCAGAAGACUCAUCCCCAACACAAGCGUCCGGAGUGCCCAAAAUGUGGGAAGAAUUUCCGAAGCACUAUCACAGAUGUCAGUUCUCGCACCAAACGGGUUCAAUACAGGAGAGAAACCAGACAGCUGUUUUUGAUUGUCAGGGCUAAAGUUUCACUCCAGAAGCCAGUUCAAACAGGUUUUCAAAGCAAUGUUCAGCACCAGAGGAAUCGCCUCCACCAAAGUCAAGCUUCCCAGUGCCAGGAGUGUGGGAAGAGCUUCCGAGACAUUUCGCACGUCAUCCGGCACCAGACAGUCCACACAGGCGAAAAACCAUACAGGUGCUCCGAGUGUGGACAGUGCUUUACCCAGAAGCCAGCCCUCACCAGGCACCAGCAGAAACAUCUGGAAUCCCAGCCCUACACAGCAGGCAAUGGGGAACUGUGUGUGUAUCAAGAGAACUCAUGCUUUAACCCACUGGAAACACUACGCAGGUCGUCUGGAGCAUCGCAAGAGAACACCUCCAGUGUCUUUACAAAUGGGUGCAAAGUAGAACAUCAGCCUACGAAGAAGCCUCACAGGGAUCCCAUGCCAAAGGGGGGAAGCAAGAGGCCCUUGAAAAAAAAUUCAGACCGCCGGGGGCAAAAGAACUACUGGUGCACCAUAUGUGGGAAGGGUUUUCGGGACAAAGCGGAUGUCGUUCGGCACCAGCGAAUCCACACAGGCGAGAAACCUUACAACUGCCUGGACUGUGGAAGGCGAUUCACCACCACCUCGAGUUUAUACAAACAUCAAGUAAUCCACAAUCGGCCAGAUCUGAAAGCAGACACUUAAUCCAUGGGUGAAGCCACCUUACAAAAGAUCCAGAAAGAAAUGGGCCAGAGGGCUUGAAAAAGUAUUUUUUGAGCGAAUGGGAAAAAUCACUGGGGAUAACUGAGGGAUAAGUGGGUUUUUUGAUACUUGAACACAGCAAUUCAAAAUAAGCAGCCAAAUUCUUGACUCUGAUUUAGUCCUCUGUAACUUAUACACAUAAACUAUUCCUAGCUAUUAA